AUGGAAGCCUCACCAAACCUGGUAACUAGGCUUAAGUCCGCCCUUCCACAGGAUGUAAACAUCAAAGCCUACCAUCUGUCCUCUGAACCAACUUCGACAAAUGCACUUUUCUCACCUUUGCCUGGAGGCACUGAAGAGACCACCAUCUGCGAGUCACAUUUCCUUGCUAUCUCCUCACCUGAGCAAGAUGAUGCCAAGGAAGUCUUGGUGUUCGCCAUUGAAAUUCUGAUCUUCACUACCGAAAAUCUCACCACGCUCUUUGUUUCCAAGGCCGACUCAUCUGGCUUCUCUUCACGGGUGAAAGCCUCGAAAGGGCUCCCAUCCGUAGUAUCCACGGUCACUUCGACGUUUGUGGAUUAUCUACUAGGACCGAGGCUCAACCGAUCGAGGGUUGUUCUGUCGCUCUUUGCACGAUCACAGAAUCAAUAUCUAUUCCCCGGGAGCAUCGAAAACCCCGGCAAACACGUAUUGGAUGACCGUGAGCUCGUCAAGUGGUGGUGUAGAGUGCUGGAUCAGGUAUUACGCCUUCACAGCAACACCUCAAAUCCGCCUUUCAGAUCUUCUGCCCAUCUGGUCGUUCCAGGAUGCGACAAAGGAGAGACCAGAGCUUUCUUUCCACCGUCAAGCCGUCGAGACCCGACAUCUUCGCCCAAAUGGAACAACUCUUACCCAGUCGAGCUUCUUGCAACAGACACCUCACGGGCCCCACGACACUUAGUGCCUCGCUUCCCAGACGACCCAAAAGCACGAUUUCUAGAUGAUCUAGAUGGAGAUUUUGUUGAUGACCAGGGACAUUGGCGAAGUGUGAAGACUCUCGACCAAUUCUGGGAGAUGAUGUCUUAUCGACAGGAAUGCUCUGCUGGCAGAUUGGUGGGAUUUUUAUGGCUCAUCUUCUCACCAGGCCAGACGACUCAUACCGCACUGGCAGAAUUAGAUCCGCUCGUCACAGAACAAUCCGCAGUAACAUCACAAAGCCAUGCGUCGAUGCCAACACCGGACAAUUCGCAAGCACAAUGCCAUAGCGAAGGAAAGAUUAAUCAGAUUCCACUGGCUGAUGGAGGUGGUGAACUCAAAAACUUGGCCUCACCACCUUCAUCGUCACCGCUUCAAGAUUCUCAGCAACUAUCUUCUCUGCCGAAUAGUGCAAUUGGUUUGUCCAACAAUCAUGAUGCUUCACAUACUGCAAACACCAUCGAAGAACACAUUCUUCAGACUCAUGCGAAGCAGUCGAGUGCAACAAAAGGUCAACUUGUGCUCAACACUAGUCAAUAUCAAACAUUGAUGGAUCAUCUUCUACAAAUGGACUUCGCUGGUGAGGAGAAAGCCGCCGAGAGCACUAGGUUCUGGAUUGGUACGGCCCUAGAGCUGACUGCGCAAUCCGUAUUUGGAGUGUCUAUUCGAGGGGAUCGCAUCUUGACUCAACCUAGCGAGCCCGAAAAAGCACCCGCAGCACCGAUCAAUAUGCUGACAGCAGUACGAAAGAAACGAAAAGCCGACAAUAUUGACGAGAAUGUUGUAAAGCCUCAAAUGGUGGAUUCAAAUUCUGAAUCCGCUGUCGAGCUUCUCUCCGCUGCGAUUGUCCGGAAGAAACCCAAAGGAUGAACUCCAGAGAAACAUGAUUCGCAGUAGGUCAACAGCUGCCUUCGCUGUCAACGAGUCCACCUAACCUACGUUAAAUUCUAUUGGAUGUGUAUGUUGGACAAAAAAAUCUUGCAAGCAUUUACACGAUUUUGGAUCGGCGGUAGACAACGGCUUUGUGCAGGAUCAGGAUUUCUUGGAUGCCUUUUGAAUGGCUAUUUCUAGCAAACUCCAGACUGCGGCAGUACAAAUUGAUUGGCGCAUGUUCUGGCCCGAUACCUGGUCAGCGCCAAGGACACUGGCGAUUGGGUCUCGACAAGCGCCAGCGAGAACGUCGGCUUCUAAAUUUGGACUAACUCGAACCUCU